AUGGAGAUCCGGCAGCACGAGUGGCUCUCGGCCUCCCCGCACGAGGGCUUCGAGCAGAUGAGGCUCAAAAGCCGCCCCAAGGAUCCCUCGCCGAGCCUGACCCGAGUGGGCGCGAACUUCUACAGCAGCGUCAAGCAGCAGGACUACAGCGCCAGCGUCUGGCUCCGGAGGAAAGACAAGCUGGAGCACUCCCAACAGAAGUGCAUCGUGAUCUUCGCCCUGGUGUGCUGCUUUGCCAUUCUCGUCGCCUUGAUCUUCUCGGCUGUGGACAUCAUGGGAGAGGAUGAGGACGGGCUGUCCGAAAAGAAUUGUCAAAAUAAAUGUCGAAUCGCCCUGGUGGAAAAUAUUCCUGAAGGCCUUAACUAUUCAGAAAAUGCACCAUUUCACUUGUCGCUUUUCCAAGGCUGGAUGAAUCUACUCAACAUGGCCCAAAAGUCUGUUGACAUCGUGUCUUCCCAUUGGGACCUCAACCACAGUCACCCGUCGGCGUGCCAGGGUCAACGUCUUUUCGAAAAGUUGCUCCAACUGACAUCGCAAAAUAUUGAAAUCAAGCUAGUGAGUGAUGUGACCGCUGAUUCAAAGGUAUUAGAAGCCUUGAAAUUAAAGGGAGCCGAGGUGACCUACAUGAACAUGACCGCCUACAACAAGGGCCGGCUGCAGUCCUCCUUCUGGAUUGUGGACAAACAGCACGUUUACAUCGGCAGUGCUGGCUUGGACUGGCGCUCCCUGGGACAGAUGAAAGAACUCGGUGUCAUCUUCUACAACUGCAGCUGCCUGGUCCUAGACUUACAAAGGAUAUUCGCGUUAUAUAGUUCAUUAAAAUUCAAGAGCAGAGUACCUCAGACCUGGUCCAAGCGGCUCUACGGAGUCUAUGACAAUGAAAAGAAACUGCAGCUUCAGUUGAACGAAACCAAAUCUCAAGCGUUUGUGUCGAAUUCUCCCAAACUCUUUUGUCCUAAAAACAGAAGCUUUGACAUCGACGCCAUCUACAGCGUGAUAGACGACGCCAAGCAAUACGUGUACAUCGCCGUCACGGACUACCUGCCUAUCUCCAGCACAAGCACCAAAAGGACUUACUGGCCAGACUUGGAUGGGAAAAUAAGAGAAGCGUUAGUUUUGCGAAGCGUUAAAGUUCGACUCCUCAUAAGCUUCUGGAAGGAAACCGAUCCCCUUACAUUUAACUUCAUUUCGUCUCUUAAAGCUAUUUGCACUGAAAUAGCCAACUGCAGCCUGAAAGUUAGAUUUUUUGAUCUGGAAAGAGAGAAUGCCUGCGCCACGAAAGAACAAAGGGAUCACACCUUUCCUAAGCUGAACCGUAACAAGUACAUGGUGACGGACGGAGCGGCUUACAUUGGGAAUUUCGACUGGGUGGGGAAUGAUUUUACCCAGAAUGCGGGCACGGGCCUUGUGAUCAACCAAGCAGACGUGACAAAUGACACAAGCAUCAUCAAGCAGCUGAAAGACGUGUUCGAGAGGGACUGGUACUCGCCCUACGCCCGAAGCUUACAGCCAACCAAACAGCCGAACUGCUCCAGCCUGUCCAGAUUCAACCCCACCUCCGACAAAACUGUCACCUACAACGCGAGUGGGAAGGACCCCGCGAGUGUCUAACACGUGAAUGAACACGCUGGUGGGACUGCUGGUGUUUCAUAUUUAUACCUAAAGGACUUGAGGAGAGAAAAACAAUUUAAUAUGUCUUUUUUUAGGGAAAAAGCACACUUAUGGAAAAUAAUCUCUGAUACGCCAUGUAAUAUCUACCCGGAUCUUAGCGGCGUGUACAUGCAAUUUAAGACUUUUGUAUUUGUUACUUCUGACAGAGAAUGUCAUUCCAGCUUGGAAGUUAGUUUUUAUGUUUGCAUACCAAUUUUAAGACUUUGACGCCUCUUUCUAGUUUUAGAACUUUUUCUGCUGACUCACGUGGUCAGUUCUUAGGAAACUUAGCAUGAGGUAAGCUCCUUACUAUUCUGAGAACUACCAACUUAGGGAAGAAUGAGGAAUUCACCUUAAACAAGAAACCAAAACAAGAAUUUAUCCCUGUAAACUAUUUCUGAGACCUAUACAGUCAUCUUAGCAUGAAGUUCUCAUGCCACCCUUUAAUACUCUUGAAAAAUACUUUUUUUUGCCUCCUCCUUGUUCAUUUUCUCCUGGUACCAUAAAUUUGUUUCAUAUCAUUUUCUCUUCUCACAAAAUGUUCUUAUGAAAUAGCGUCUUAUAUUCACCUCAACAUGAGGUCCCCAAGUACGUCAAUAUUUUUUGAAAGUGUAUGAAUUCCUCAAAAUGGAUACCAAAUGGAAAUAGCAGCCUUUAAGUUUCACCUUUCAGCUGCAUUUUUUUCUCUACCAAGUUGAUAUUUUAAAAUCACAGCCAGCAAUAUGUACCCUUUCUCUCAAGCUCAGAAAAAUUAUAUAGCCACCUGCUAAUAUCCAGCUAGCUAUGAAGCCUGCAUUAUAGAGAAUAAAGUAGUUUUUUACAUUUUUGUUUAGUUUAUGGUAUUAGAAAAGAAAGAUCUCUAUGCGUUAGCGGGUUUGAAUUUCUUUAGAAUCAUUACGCUGUUAAGAGUAUGCCAGCAAACGUUUAUAGAGCUAUUUAAUAUACCUUCUGCUAUUUAAUAUACCAAAUGCGAUUUAAAUACUCUGCUUAACAUAUUUUACUAAGAGACAAAAAUAUUGGAUUAUUGUUCUAUAAUGUCCUUGUGUGUUGUUUUAUAUCUAUCUAUACGAUGUAUAACCCUAUAUUAACAGAGACUGUUGCCACAGCAGAGAGAGGCGUGGCCUCUUCAGAGCCCAGGCGGCCUCGGGAUGUCCAGUGUCCAUGUUGCUCCUGACUCUCUCCUUGGCCUCGGGUUUCUAUGGGUAAUGUAGGGACAGGAAAUACUCACCUACCUC